UGUGAGAAAAACGCGGAGUCCUCGAGGCAAAAUUUCGACAUCGGCGAGCUCAGACGAAAAUGUUUAUCUCGAAAAAUACAGCAGUGCGCAUGCGGAUAUCCCAUAAUCCAUCACUCAAAAUGGCGACCAGAGGGUGAGUUGGAAACGGUGAUAUCAAGGAUGUCAACAUCUCUACGUACGUCGACGUACCGGGACAUCUCAAGUUCUUUACCGACGUAAUAACGUAACGUUACGCUGCGCUGCGGACAUCACGUCAUACCAGCACUGCCCAGUCUAGCACGUCGCGGCGGCGCCGCUAAAAGAGAGAGGAACUCCAAACAUGUUCGCCCCGUACGAGGACAAAAAGGCGUCCUUUCUGGACGAAAAGAAGUCCGCUCGCUUCAACAGACAGGAAGAGAUUCGUAGAGAACAGUCUGCUACAAAAAUCCAAGCGGUGGUGAGAAGAUUCUUGGCCGUUUCCAGCCUCAGGAAACAAACGCAGGGCGAUCUACAGUCCCUGAUCGGGUGGGCGAGAGAAGUCAGCCCGACUAGCUCCCCGGACAAGGCCAAGUUCGCACCAGCUGUCACCGUCUUCAAAGCCACGGAAAAAUUUCUCUACUUCUUUGACCAAAGGAAAGAUGAUGUCAUGUUCCAAACUCUCUGUCGCUACAUCCUGGCGUCGAUGGAGGUCGAGGGAGACUCCAAGAUUUGGUACGUGUCGUUGGCUCUUAGCAAGGAGCACGUCUUGCCGUGGAUACAGCAGAUGAAGAAGCUGUUGUGGCAGUGCUGCUGCUACCUGAAGACGCUCAGACCGGACAACAAUGACCAGUCCAAGCUGGUCAGUCUGUACCUGAACAUGGUGGUCAUCUUCACGGACACGACCACCUGGAAGGUGUUGAAGAUAAAAGGAAGCGAGGCGCUACGGCCGGGCAUGAACCAGUUGUGCGCCAAUCUUCUGGGACACCUGACGUCCAAGGAUCUCUACGUGAUUCUGCAGGCUCUGUUGAAGAGGGGACUGGAGCGGUCGCAACCCACGCUGAAGAGAGCAGCACUGGCGGCCAUCGUGACCAUUUCCAUGAGACCCCUCAUCUCUACACAGUUUUCCCAGCACCUGUUGACGGCGUUCCUGGUGCACAUCCUGUCCCUGCCAGGCCUGAUCCUCCACCUGUCCACCAUCGCAGAACAGACUCUACUUCUCUUCAGGAACAACAACGUUCUGGAGAAGAGUAUUCGUCUAUUAGAACAGGAACAGAACAUCAGAAUUGUGUUCAACUCUCUGGAGGGCAGUUACUCGCUGUGUCUGCUGGCCAACAUGGUGCAACUGGCCUACCUCCAACUCGACAUGCUACCGGUCAUCAUGGAACCCUUCAUGGGAGUGGUCAUCAUGCUCCUGUCCAGGUGCCAGAGUUAUGUACAGAAUAAGCAGUCCAGCCUGACCCACUGGCACCCCGUUCUGGGGUGGUUCUCCCAGAGAAUAAACCCCACCCUGAACGAGGCCAUGCCGAACGUGGUAAAGCAGCUGCAGCUCCUCUGGGCCAGGAACAUGGUGAAACAGCUCUUUAGUGAGGUCCUCAGAUUCAAACCGAUGGCGGGAACUCCUACAAGUGAGACCCCAGAGACUGCCCCUGUGAAGAAAGCCUUUAAGAAAGCUCUACAGAAGUCUUCAGUCAAGCUGAAGGAGAUGCGCAGCGCCGGUGGGAGAAAGCUGGACUCACCCGAAGUCCUGUCGGUGUGCCACGUGUGUGUUCUCUACCAGUCCUGUCUCAAAACACUCACACAACUCAAACUGGACAUACUUACUGGUAAGUACAGGUCGGUGUGCCACGUGUGUGUUCUCUACCAGUCCUGUCUCAAAACUCUCACACAACUCAAACUGGACAUACUUACUGGUAAGUACAGGUCGGUGUGCCACGUGUGUGUUCUCUACCAGUCCUGUCUCAAAACACUCACACAACUCAAACUGGACAUACUUACUGGUCUGUGUCUCCAAGAGGACCUCCUAUCCAAGCUGUGGGGUUUCAUCGACGAGCUGGGACCGAGCGGGGGACUGAAACUCUUCCUGGAGUCCCUCAACUCCGACACGGAACAGUCGCACCAACUCUUCGCAGUCCUGUCCCUCUCCUGCGACUGCGGGAGCCAUAUUGUCGCCAUCCUCGACGACAUGGAACUGUACGAGCAGCAGAAGCCGUUCAAGCUCGAAGAGCUGGUGAAGAUAUCGUCCUUCCUGAACGCGUUCGCGUUCCGACUCCUGUGGGACGGGAUUUACGACGGGAAGAACCGCCACACCAGCCUGUUCCAUUCGGUACACACGUUCCUGAUGCUUCUGUACGAUAGAGACUGUAGGCGGCGGUUUACGACAGCGGGCCAUUGGCUGAUCAAGGAACUGAAGCCGAGCACGUUGGUGUCGGAACUGGAGAAGGGAAAGCGACGCGCCCUGCUACUACUCCACAUGAUGCCGCACGUGAUCCCGCACAAGGACCGCGUCAUCCUGUUCCGGAGGUUCGUGACAGACGAGAAGAAGGCGCUGGGGAUCAUCGAGAACGAGUGCGCCUCGCCCAAGCCGACCCUGAUCACGGUACACCGGUCGCGGAUGGUGGAGGACGGUUUCCAACAACUGGCACUGCUGCCACCACAAGCACUUAAGGGGAUCAUCAGAGUCAAGUUUGUGAAUGACUUGGGCCUGGACGAAGCUGGGAUCGACCAAGACGGAGUGUUUAAGGAGUUCCUUGAGGAAAUCAUCAAGCGAGUGUUUGACCCGUCCCUGAACCUGUUUAAGAUGACCAGUGGUGAGGAGAGACUGUACCCCUCCCCCACCUCCUACAUACAGGAGGACCAUCUCACACUCUUCGAGUUUGUAGGGAAGAUGCUGGGCAAGGCUGUGUAUGAGGGUAUUGUUGUUGAGGUCCCCUUUGCCUCCUUCUUCCUGAGCCAAGUGCUGUCCCAUCACCACAGCGCCCUCUACAGUUCCAUAGAUGAACUGCCAUCUCUGGACCCAGAGCUCUACAAAAGUCUGACCUUCAUCAAACACUACAUAGAGGGGGAUGUGCGCGACCUUGAGUUGACCUUCUCUUAUGCGGAGGAUGUCAUGGGGAAGGUGGUGACGCACGAGUUAAUGCCAGGUGGGCGUGCCAUCUCUGUCACCAACGACAACAAGAUCGCGUACGUCCAUCGCGUGGCGCACUUCCGCAUGCACACCCAGAUCCGAGAGCAGACGGCGGCCUUCAUCCGAGGCUUCCGCUCCAUCAUAAGCCCUGAUUGGUUGAUGAUGUUUGCAGCGCCGGAGUUACAGAAACUGAUAUCUGGCGACAACAUGGAGAUAGACCUAGAAGACCUGAAGAAAUACACCCAGUACUACGGAGGGUUCCACCCAGCCCAUAGAGUGGUCAUCUGGUUGUGGGACAUUCUAGCCAAGGACUUCACCAAUGAUGAGAGAAAAGCCUUUCUAAAGUUUGUGACGAGUUGUUCCAAACCACCUCUGCUGGGGUUUGCCCACCUGGAGCCACCUUUCUGUAUCAGGUGUGUGGAGGUGGCUGAUGAUCAGGACACAGGAGACACUGUCGGAAGUGUGUUAAGAGGCUUCUUCACCAUCAGAAAGAGGGACCCGGUGAACCGCCUCCCCACAUCAUCAACCUGUUUCAACCUGCUGAAACUGCCCAACUACCAGAAGAAGAGCACACUGAAGGAGAAGCUACGAUACGCCAUCAGUAUGAACACUGGCUUUGAGCUGUCCUAGGGCUGUUGAGGGGGGAUUAGACUAGCUGUAGGGUGUUAUAGGGGGGCUCCCAGGGUUGUAGCCAGCCCAAAAUCAUUUUCCGUCCCCUCGAUUUUGAAUGGCUUUGGAGCAGCAUUCCUAGGGGCUCUGGGGGCAUGCUCCCAAUGAAAAUUUUGAAAUCU